CCCGACCAUAUCUCAGUUCAGUUCUUCACACACACCGCAUAUGCCAACACCAAUGGCUCUAAAUCUAUGCACCUCCCCUAAAUGGAUUGGCACCACCGUCUUCGAAAGUGGUUCUUCAUCGAAGCUAUUACUCGGUUCAUCUUCUUCUUCUUCUACUAGUUCUACUACUUCAUUUUCUUCUUCCAUUUUGAGUUGUAAGAGUGUUGGUUUGAAGAGCUUAAGCUCGAGGAGGAAGAAUGGGAGUGUGAGGGUAAGAUCCAGUUUGGAUACUACGGGGCCCACUGUGACGGUUGGGCAAGUUACUGAAGUUAACAAGGAUACGUUCUGGCCCAUCGUUAAUGCCGCCGGUGAUAAAACCGUCGUCCUCGACAUGUACACACAAUGGUGUGGUCCUUGCAAAGUGAUAGCUCCAAAAUACAAAGAAUUAUCUGAGAAGUAUUUGGAUGUUGUCUUUCUAAAGCUUGAUUGCAACCAAGAUAACAAGCCUUUGGCAAAAGAGCUAGGAAUUAAGGUGGUUCCCACUUUUAAAAUUCUGAAGGACAACAAGGUUGUAAAGGAAGUAACUGGAGCUAAAUAUGAUGAUUUGGUCGCUGCCAUUGAUGUUGUUCGGUCUAGCUAAACAAUUAUAACUACUCUCUUUUUAUGUAAAGAAGAUAUCAUGCUUGAUGCCCCCUCUGUAAGUAGUAUUUCUAAUGUAAUUGCAAGGUUGUUGAGUGGAAGAUGAGGAAAUGUCAUCAUGUUGUUGUAAGCUGUAAUUGAUUAUUCCCUUUGCUAGGGAAGAGCUGCUCAAAAUUAUUUCUGUUACCAACUUCA